UUUUUGCAGCUCUUUGCAAAAAGCAAACCUCCGAAAGGUCUUUACAUCUAUGGAGAUGUUGGCACAGGAAAGACAAUGGUGAUGGACAUAUUUUAUUCUUAUAUAGAAGUAGAGAGGAAAAAGAGAGUCCAUUUUCAUGGUUUCAUGCUAGAUGUACACAAAAGAAUACAUCGUCUUAAACAGAGCUUGCCUAAAAGGAAGCCAGGACUAAUGGCCAAGUCAUAUGAUCCAAUAGCCCCUAUAGCUGAAGAAAUAAGUGAGGGGGCCUGUCUCUUGUGUUUUGAUGAAUUUCAAGUCACUGACAUUGCUGAUGCCAUGAUUCUGAAACAGCUUUUUGAAAAUCUGUUCCAAAAUGGGGUUGUCGUUGUGGCAACAUCCAAUAGGCCACCUGAAGACCUCUAUAAAAAUGGGCUUCAGAGAGCUAACUUUGUACCAUUCAUCGCUGUGCUGAAGAAAUACUGCAGCACAAUCCAACUUGAUUCUGGAAUAGAUUAUAGGAAACGGGUUCUUCCUGCAGCAGGGAAACUUUACUACCUCACAAGUGAAGCUGAUGUGGAGGCUGUCAUGGAUAAGUUGUUUGAUGAGCUGGCUCAGAAACAAAAUGAUUUAACUAGACCAAGGAUUCUAAAAGUGCAAGGCAGAGAGCUGAAGCUGAAUAAAGCUUGUGGAACCAUUGCAGACUUCACAUUUGAAGAGCUAUGUGACAGACCAGUUGGAGCUAGUGACUAUUUGGAAAUAUCUAAGAAUUUUGACACAGUCUUUGUUCGUAACAUACCACUACUUACCAUAGCAAAAAGGACCCAAGCUCGCCGCUUCAUUACUCUUAUUGAUACAUUUUAUGAUCAUAAGGUACGUAUUAUUUGUUCUGCAUUGACACCUCUCCAAAGCUUGUUUCUGCUAGAACAUCAUGACAGUGGCCUGGAGGAAAGUAGAAUACUGAUGGAUGAUUUGGGGUUGAGCCAGGAUUCAGCUGGAAGACUUUCCAUGUUUACAGGAGAGGAGGAAAUCUUUGCAUUUCAACGAACUAUCUCACGACUUACAGAAAUGCAGACUGAACAGUAUUGGAAAGAUGGGGACAGAAGCAAGAAAUAGUUGUAGCUCAAAGAUGAACAAAACCUCUCAGGACACAAAAAAAAGUAUAUAAAGAAAAAAGAUUCUAAUAGAAUUGGAAGCAUUUUUAAUAUAAAUGAAUUGAUUAUUAUUGCACUUAUCCUCUGGACCAUAACUUUCCUUCUGCAAUGUUUACAUUUAAAAUUUAAGAGCUUAGUAAGUUGUGGUUUUGGUUUUGUUAGGUUUCUUUGACACCUCCAGCUUGUGGAUCUGUUAUUAUGCCUUUUAUAUUUCAGGUUUUUUUCUCCAGUACAGCAUGACUUCAGUAUUCAACAUGGUUAACUGGGUCCAGCAGCGGCUCCAGGCACCAGCACUCCAAGCGCGUGCCUGAGGCAGCAAGUCACGAGGGGCACCCUUCUGGUCC